GAGGAAGUGGUGAAGAUGCUCUACACUCGCUGCAGCACUUUGCUUCUCAUUUAACCACCGUCAGGCUGCCACAGAGUUUAUAUCGCAAAGUGGAUCGGUGAUGUUUUACUGACCUGCACUGACCAGCGAUCAGCAUGUUUAUUAAGGAGCAGCAAACCUGGAAAAUGCAGUUCCUCUGAAGCCUGUUCAGGGUCAAUCACUGUGUCUGUCCGUUCAUCACUGAGCGGAAAAAAGGAACCUAGUCGGCCUCAACGUUGGAGGAAGGACAGCUGAGCUUCCCUCUGAUCAACUUCUCUCUGCCCAAAAGAUGUCAACAGCCACCGUCGACAGUGUAGGAAGAGGAACCAAAGCCUCUAAAGCAUCAAAGGAUCAUAAAAAGCCCACAGCAGCUGCUCUGAAAGGAGCCAUCCAGCUGGGCAUCGGUUAUGCCGUCGGAAACCUGAGCUCCAAACCAGACAGAGAUGUUCUCAUGCAGGACUUUUCUGUGGUGGAGAGCGUCUUCCUGCCCAGUGAGGGAAGCAACCUGACUCCUGCACAUCACUUCCCAGACUUCCGUCUGAAAACUUACGCCCCGCUGGCUUUCCGCUACUUCAGAGAGCUCUUCGGCAUCAAACCGGACGACUAUCUGUACUCCAUCUGUAACGAGCCCCUGAUCGAGCUGUCCAACCCUGGAGCCAGCAGUUCCUGGUUCUACCUCACCAGCGACGACGAGUUCAUCAUCAAGACGGUGCAGCAUAAAGAGGCCGAGUUCCUGCAGAAGCUGCUUCCUGGUUACUACAUGAAUCUAAAUCAGAACCCGAGGACGUUGCUGCCCAAGUUCUAUGGCCUCUACUGCAUCCAGUGUGGCGGCGUCACCAUCCGAGUGGUGGUGAUGAACAACGUCCUGCCGCGGGCCAUGAAGAUGCACUACAAGUACGACCUGAAGGGUUCUUCGUACAAACGCCGCGCUUCACGUAAAGAACGUGUCAAACCCUGUCCAACGUUUAAAGACCUGGACUUCCAGGAGAUGCACGAGGGGCUGCACUUCGACCUGGACACCUACAACGCCUUGAUGAAGACCCUGCAGAGGGACUGUCGGGUGCUGGAGAGCUUCAAGAUCAUGGACUACAGCCUCCUGCUGGGGAUUCAUGUUCUGGAUCGGAAGCCGCUGGUCAGAGGAAACCGAUGUGACAGCAGGAAAGGACAGAAAGUUCUUUACUCCACGGCCCUCGAGUCCAUCCAGGGCAACGUGAAGGACCCAGAACCAGUGGCCGACGAUGACACAUUGGGUGGAAUUCCUGCCAAACAUAAAGAUGAGAGUCUGCUCAUCUUCUUAGGAAUUAUCGACAUCCUUCAGUCUUACAGGUUCAUUAAGAAGGUGGAGCAUUCCUGGAAGGCUCUCGUACACGAUGGGGACACAGUGUCGGUUCAUAGACCCAAUUUUUAUGCAGACAGAUUUCUGAAAUUCAUGGGCUCGACUGUUUUCAAAAAGAUUCAUCCUUUAAGAGGAACAUCUUCAAAGAGGAAGAGGAAUUCCCUCCAUGCAUCAAAGUCGGCCUCUCAGGAGAUUCUGUCGCCACAGACGGACAAGAAGGACGAGAAGAAGGCCCAAAGCAUGGAGAACCUGGACGGAAACUCAGGCUACACGUCCUUCAACCAACCAGACCUUCUUCCACAAUCUGCUGUUUCCUUUGAGUCGGCCCAGAAUGAGGAGGAAGACGCUGAAAACAGUGAAGACCGACGAGCCUCCAGUUCAACAAUCGCUCUGGAUGAACCUCUGCCGUCCCUCAGCCGGAGCCUUUCAGACACUGAGCUGGACGUCUACUUGCAUCACACAGUGUCACCUAGGCGACCCAGCUGGAGUUGAUCAGUCCAAGCAUCCAUAAACUUGAGGAUAAACAAGUGAUGGAUCUUUUCCAGCCACAAACGACUUCCCACUUUACAGAAAAGAGACAUCAGGACUUUAUAACAGCAUAAACGCAACACAAAAAAACUCUGUUUCUUCACUCUGUGCCUCUUUGACUUUCAUUUUCAAGUCAAACCCAACGUGCAAAAUCACUGUAAAUCCCAUUAUUAUUAUUAUUAUUAUUAUUAUUAUUAUUAACAAAUUAGUUUUUUUUGUUAAAAUCACUGAACUGCUGUAUUGAUGUGCAGUAAAAACACUAUGAAGCUGCUUCCUUUCCUGUUAUUGUGCAUUUUGUUCUGUGCUCUUUUGCUUUUACUUUCGGAUUUUCCAUGAACUUCUCAGCGGCUGGCUCCCUGAGGAUGCAAACUGUCUUACCAGGUUUUUGUUGGCAGUAAUUUUUGAAUUGUGUAUUUAUACUGAGCUGUGUUUGGAGAUCAUUCUGGUUGAGACUAGAAGCAUGAAAAACAUGUUUUCAUGAUGCCGUGCUGUACUCUUUUGGAUAACAUGUUUAAAAAUCCCGCUCCUAUAGAUGGGAACUAGACUUUUCUUUGGUUCUUGAAGACGUUUCACCUUCAUCCAAGAGGAUUAUCUCAGUUAAGUGAGCAAAAAAGAUCUGGAAAAAACAACAAAACACCGUAUUUUUCUGACAAAUUUAAAAGGAUAAAACAAUCUGAUUCACUUUUUUUAGAAACACUGUGAAACUAAAACUGGUUCUUCAAGGAAAAAACACCCAAACACAAGCUCAGCAAUGUUGUUUAUGCAGUAAGGAGUGCAUGGAUCUAUAUAUUAUGGAGACUAAACAUCAUGAUCAAACCAGUUCAUCUGGACAAGACUCAACACCCCAAAUGCAUCCAAAAGAAUAAGAAACACUCAUUUAGGACAACAAUGUCGAUAUUCUGGACAGAGAAGACAAAUGGUUUAAGUGAAAGGAGUUUAUGACACCAUUUAUCAGGUACCUAUAAUGCAGUCUUGAGGCACCUAGCCAGACAGCUUUAAUACUAUUAACACCUCAAACCAUUUGUUGUGUGAUUUAGGGGUGAGAAUACUGACUUGGGUAACUUUGAUAAAGGUGAAACAUCUUCAAGAACUAAAAAAAUAGAGUCUCGCUGCUUUCUACUGAAGAACUUAGGACCUUAUUGUGAUCUGGAUGGCUUAGAAUCUGUGCAAGCUUCAUUUAAAAAUCACAAUUUGAGAAAAAAACUAAUUCAGAUUGUAUGAAUUGCAAUUUUUUUUGCUACCAUCAUGUCAAAUUUUCAUUUUACAGACAAACCACCCAUUUGGUGCUCGUUAGCAAAUGCUAGCAUGCUAAUGUGCUAAACUAAGAUGGAUUUGAUAAAUCUGCACGCUAGCAUGCUGAAAUUAGCAUCUAGCUCAAACCACCACACAGACUCACAGAGCUGCUGCAGAACAUUUUCAACAUUUUCGUGUUUCAAUGACAACAUUUUUCUUGUUAUUACUCCAUAAUAUGAUUAAAAUUUGUCUUUUUCUUGUGCCAGCACAUGCAGUUAGGUUGUACAAAAUCUGUGUAUCUCAUUAACACAAGAAUCAUCGUGGUUAUAACCUGAUAAUAUUAAUACUAGUGUUGUUAAAACAAGAAAAAGAGAGGACAAUUUUGGCUAAUUUGGCUGGUUCAUAUGGUCUGAUUGAGUUUUAUUUUGCACUUAGAAUAAGAUGACGCUGCACUGCAGGAUGUAGAGUCACUGGAUUUAAAUUUUAUCUUUAUUGGGAUUGAAUUAAAUUAAUGACUGUUACAAACUGGAAGGUUGGAGGUUUGAAAAAAUAACCAUAGUGUGUGUUUUUCUGUCUUCUUUUUGUCCACAUGCCUUAAAAAGUUUAAAAAUCUGUGCUUUCAUGUGAUUCAUAGGCCUACAGUUGUAAUAUAGCAAUACUUUGAACGUGUAUCUGGGAAAUAAAUUAAUAUUUAAUGUA